AGAUAGCUAAAAAUCAAGACUGUCAACAAAAUGGUUCCGAUAAUUACAUAAAGAAAGUGCAAACAUAACCUCAAAAUCUUCACUUGUCAAAAUGAGAAAUAAAAUCAAAAAUACGUAAAAUGUACCGACAAAUCGAAAAAUUAGGCACUCCGUUGAGGUACAACGUUAAAAAUAUUCUGGGAAAAACAAAUGUACCUCAAAAUAACUCGCCUAAUUUUUUUUCUACGUUUAACAGGAAUUUUUAUUUUUCAAAGCUUCUACUACCUAAAUAUGUAAAAAGUAUACAAAGAGAAUACAGUGCUGUAUGCUCAUUAUUGCAUCGUUCGGGGUUAAACGAUGUAAGCAGUAUUAAUAAAAUUUUGCAAUGUAAACAUUACAGUAACGGUCCUGUUAAACCACCGGGGCCCCCGAAACCUGAAAAUAAUGAAAAUAAUGACCCCAAUAAACCCAAUGGGGAUGAAGAUAAGGAUAAGAUAUCAUCGUUACUUGCCAAAGCAUUUCUUUGGAUGCUGACUGCUUAUAUGGUUAUAGCGAUUAUUUCACUUAUGUUUCCUAGUAGUAAUCAGCCUGAGAUUGUCAGAUAUGUAUCUUGGAAUGAAUUUUUAUACCAAAUGUUGGGCAAAGGUGAAGUAGAAGAAAUUAUAGUAAGACCUGAUAUAGAAAUAGUCACUAUAAUUCUACACAAUGGGGCCGUCAUUAAAGGAAAAAGGGUGGAAAAUAAAACCUUUCACAUGAAUGUCUCAGAUAUAAACAAGUUUGAAGACAAGCUCAGGGAGGCUGAAAGAAGGAUAGGCAUUGUAGAUGGCGUACCAGUCACUUAUGAACGUGGAACGGACACAGCUGGAAAGUUGCUUAUAUCUUUGUUAUUUGUGGCCUUAUUAAUUUCUUUAUUGGCCAGAAGCAAGAGCAUAAGGCCACCUAUAAGCAUGGACACAUUUACCCAACUGGGCAGAGCGAAAUUCACGCUGGUCGACCCGCUCACCGGUCCAGGGAAGGGGGUGCACUUUUCCGACGUUGCCGGAUUGCGCGAAGCCAAACAAGAAGUGAAAGAGUUCGUGGACUACCUCAAAAGACCGGAAUUUUACAAGAGUCUGGGGGCUAAAGUGCCCAAAGGCGCUCUUCUAUUGGGCCCCCCCGGUUGCGGCAAGACGCUGCUGGCGAAGGCGGUGGCCACUGAAGCGGCGGUGCCGUUUUUGUCCAUGAACGGGUCGGAGUUUAUCGAGAUGAUUGGCGGGCUUGGAGCCGCUAGAGUCAGGGAUUUAUUUAAGGAGGCCCGAAAACGUGCUCCAUGCAUAAUAUAUAUUGAUGAAAUUGACGCGGUAGGUAGAAAACGUAGUGGCCAAAUGGGCGGUAGUGAGGGAGCUAGUGGCGAAAGUGAACAAACUCUCAAUCAACUUCUUGUCGAAAUGGACGGCAUGGCUAGCAAGGAAAGCAUCAUAAUGUUAGCCUCAACCAACAGGGCAGACAUUUUGGACAAAGCCCUCUUGCGUCCAGGCAGGUUUGAUCGCCACAUCCUCAUCGAUUUCCCCGACUUGAUCGAGCGCAAGCAAAUCUUCGAGCAGCACUUGAAAGGCAUCGCUUUGGAACACCAACCGGAUCACUAUUCGAAGCGCCUCGCGCAUCUGACGCCCGGGUUCAGCGGCGCAGACAUCGCCAACGUUUGCAACGAGUCGGCGCUGCACGCGGCCCGGCUGAAACAAAGCAAAGUCACCGGACAGAAUUUGGAGUAUGCUGUGGAAAGAUUAGUUGGUGGCACCGAAAAGCGCAACCACGCGAUGUCGCCGCAAGAAAAACGCGUGGUUGCCUACCACGAAUCCGGCCACGCCUUGGUGGGCUGGAUGCUGAAGCACACCGACGCCCUCUUAAAGGUGUCGAUCGUACCGAGAACUAGCCUCGCUCUAGGGUUCGCCCAGUACAUACCGCGCGACCAAAAACUGUACACCAAAGAGGAACUCUUCGAUCGCAUGUGCAUGACGCUGGGGGGCCGCGUUGCCGAAUCGCUGAUUUUUAACAAGGUGACAACUGGUGCGCAGAAUGACUUGGAAAAAGUGACAAAGAUGGCGUAUGCGCAGGUCAAGGAGUACGGGAUGAGUACAAUUGUUGGGUUGGUUUGUUUUCCUGAACAGCAGGAAAAAGAGUUGGGAAGAAAACCAUACAGCAAACAAUUUGCCAGUAUUAUAGAUACAGAGGCUAGGAAUCUUAUUAUGCAGGCUUACAAACACACCGAAACUGUCCUGUUGAAGCAUAAGACGCAGUUGGAACUGUUGGCAGAAACUCUUUUGAAAAAAGAAACCCUUAAUUACGAUGACGUGGAAAAACUGUUGGGUCCUCCACCGCACGGUGGAAAAAAAUUAAUUGAUCCUGCGGAAUUCGAAGAAAACUUAAGAAAAGACGUAGGAGAUGAAAGAAAAAAUGCCACUGCAGAAGCAACCCAAACUCAAACUAAAGUGUAGAAUUUUUAUGUUAUUGUUGAUUAAUAAAUGAGAUUUUUGUAGUUUUUA